AUGUCCCCAUCAGCACACUCAUCAACAGAUAAAAAACAAUCUGGAUUAGCAAGAGUUUUAGGUUCAGCAACUGCUGGUAUAGCAGAAAUUGGUGUAUUUCAUCCAGUAGAUACAAUUUCUAAAAGAUUAAUGUCAAAUCAUACAAAAGUUACAUCAUUACAUCAAUUAAAUUCAGUUAUAUUUAGAAAUGCAGCAGAUUUACCACUUUUAAAAAGAUGUUUGACAUUAUUUCCAGGUUUAGGUUAUGCAGCAUGUUAUAAGAUUUUACAAAGAGUUUAUAAAUAUGGUGGUCAACCAUUUGCAAAUGAGUUUUUAAAUAAAAAUUUCAAAGACCUGUUUGAUAAUACAUUUGGACCAAAAAAUGGUAAAGCUUUAAUGAGUGCUACAGCUGGUUCACUUAUUGGAAUUGGUGAAGUUGUAUUAUUACCAUUAGAUGUAUUAAAAAUUAAAAGACAAACUAAUCCAGAAUCUUUUAAAGGUAGAGGAUUUUUAAAAAUUAUAAAAGAUGAAGGAUUUGGAUUAUAUAGAGGUUGGGGUUGGACAAUGGCAAGAAAUGCACCAGGAUCAUUUGCAUUAUUUGGUGGUAAUUCAUUUGCAAAAGAAUAUAUAUUUGGAUUAAAAGAUUAUAGUCAAGCUACAUGGACUCAAAAUUUUAUUACUUCAAUUUUUGGAGCAAGUGCUUCAUUAAUUGUAAGUGCUCCAUUAGAUGUUAUUAAAACAAGAAUUCAAAAUAGAAAUUUUGAUAAUCCUGAAAGUGGUAUAACAAUUUUAAAAAAUAUGUUUAAAAAUGAAGGUAUAACUUCUUUUUUCAAAGGUUUAACUCCAAAAUUAUUAACAACUGGUCCUAAAUUAGUUUUUUCAUUUGCUUUAGCCCAAUCUUUGAUUCCUGCUUUUGAUAAAUUAUUAAGUAAAUAA